AUGACCAAAAUAAUAAACUUUGAAAGUAAAUUACUCAGAAGUACAAUCGGGGAUUCUGGUGGUGUACUACCACAAAUGAUUCUAACAUUUUGUACACUGGCAUCAACAUGCCAUAGCUUGUAUGAAUUUCAUCAUCACCAUCCACACCAUUUGGCGGUUUCGCAUCAACAGGUGAACAAGCACGACGGUCCCCAUCACCCUGUCCUCGUGCAUCAUGCCCCGGUGCAUCACUUGCCCAUUCAUCACGAGACCAUUCACCACGGACCGAUUCACCACGGACCGAUUCACCACGAGCCCAUUCACCACUUGCCAUUAUUGCACCAUGCGCCAGUACAUCACGUGCCUGUGCCUUAUGCAGCCCACCAUGACCAUUACUCAUUUCCUGAGUACAACUUUGCAUAUACCGUCCACGAUCAUCACACAGGCGAUGUGAAAUCCCAACAUGAGUUCCGUCAUGGGGACGUCGUGAAGGGAGGCUACGAACUGAUCGAACCCGACGGCCGGUACAGAAAAGUAGAAUACAAAGCCGAUGACCAUACUGGUUUUAAUGCUGUUGUGCAUCAUUCGUCUCCUCAUCAUCACGUUCAUAUCUCUCAGCAUCAUAAUUAAAUACGAUCGU